AUGGUCGCCAGAGUUCAGCCUGAUCGGAAACAGUUGCCUCUGGUCCUACUGAGAUUGCUCUGCCUUCUUCCCACAGGACUGCCCGUCCGCAGCGUGGAUUUUAACCGAGGCACCGACAACAUCACCGUGAGGCAGGGGGACACGGCCAUCCUCAGGUGCGUUGUAGAAGAUAAGAACUCAAAGGUGGCCUGGUUGAACCGUUCUGGCAUCAUUUUUGCUGGGCAUGACAAGUGGUCUCUGGACCCUCGGGUUGAGCUGGAGAAACGCCAUUCUCUGGAGUACAGCCUGCGAAUCCAGAAGGUGGAUGUCUAUGAUGAGGGUUCCUACACUUGCUCGGUGCAGACACAGCAUGAGCCGAAGACCUCCCAAGUUUACUUGAUUGUGCAAGUUCCACCAAAGAUCUCCAACAUCUCUUCGGAUGUCACUGUGAAUGAGGGCAGCAAUGUCACCCUGGUCUGCAUGGCCAAUGGCCGUCCUGAACCUGUGAUCACCUGGAGACACCUUACACCAACUGGAAGAGAAUUUGAAGGAGAAGAAGAAUAUCUGGAGAUCCUCGGCAUCACCAGGGAGCAGUCAGGCAAAUAUGAGUGCAAAGCAGCCAAUGAGGUCUCCUCGGCGGAUGUCAAACAAGUCAAGGUCACUGUGAACUAUCCUCCCACUAUCACGGAAUCCAAGAGCAACGAAGCCACCACCGGCCGAAAAGCUUCCCUCAAAUGCGAAGCCUCGGCAGUGCCUGCGCCUGACUUUGAGUGGUACCGAGAUGACACCAGGAUAAAUAGUGCCAAUGGCCUUGAGAUUAAGAGCACGGAGGGCCAGUCUUCCCUGACAGUGACCAAUGUCACUGAGGAGCACUAUGGCAACUAUACAUGCGUGGCUGCCAACAAUCUGGGGAUGACCAACGCCAGCCUCGUCCUUUUCAAGCGUGUUUCACCCACAAUCCCCCACCCCCUUCAAGAAAUUGGCACCACCGUGCACUUCAAGCAAAAAGGACCUGGGUCGGUGAGAGGAAUAAAUGGAUCCAUCAGUCUGGCCGUACCACUGUGGCUGCUGGCAGCAUCUCUGCUCUGCCUUCUCAGCAAAUGUUAA